GAGAAAGGAGCGGGAGGGGGAGACGGCGUAUGCUUGUAUACAACUACCCCGAUUUCCAUUUUUUUCCAACUCGUAAUGUAUUUAAUUCAAGUGAAACGUAAUCAUGACGUGUCUUGUCAUUAAUCUCCUCGCCGCCUCUCCCGGACCUUUAAGAGGUGGUCUCACAGAUCACCAUUUUGGAAGUGCAUCCUCUCUCACACAAGGAAACGAAUCAUGGAAUACAAAUACUACUAAGUAUGGAUUCGCCCCCAGAGUGUGUGCUUGCUGUCUCCUCUGAGGCACCCCUAUCCCCUCCCUCAAUGCCAUCACUAGAUCACAGCCCUCGAUCUUUACCACAAAGCCCUCAGUCUGCCCCCUCUAGCCCCCCAACUACCCCCUAUGCACCCCUCUCACCCUUUGCCCUCGCUGAUGCCAACCAGCAAGAGGAAGAGGAAGAUGAGGAGUUGUCAGCUCCAUCAUCUCCCACCCUGGCUGUGGCACUGUUUCCAGGGGAAGAGCAGCUGUGUAGCCCCACCUCUGAGAGCAGCCCUCCCGCCACUCCGCCUGCACCGCUUGCAGGGUUUGGAGCCCUGGAACAAGCCCUUUCUUCGGGGGCUAGUGCCACCUGCAGCAACGAACUUGAUCUGCAGCUCUUCAACAGUGAAGGCGUGGCCAUCCAAGGGGGUCCCACUGCUGGCCCGGCACUCAAGUUCCCAUGCCAUGUUUGUGGAAAGAGAUUCCGCUUCCAGAGCAUCCUGUCCCUUCAUGCACGAGCUCAUAGUUUGGACAGGGACCGCCGGGCCUCAGCCCUCUACAGGAUAUCACAUGGUAAGCCCCAGCAGGACCAUAUGAGUGAUAGCAUUAUCCAGCCCCAAGGUAACAGAGAGCUCUGCCCGAGUCCGUUAUCCAGGUCAUUGCAUCAGAAUCUGCAAGAAGAGACUGUUCCAGAAGAGCCUUUUCAAACUGCAAGCAGCCCUCAGUUCUUAGUGGAUGGAGCCACACCCCUGACGCCGCCUCUGACCGAAGAAGCACCGGUUUCUUCUACCUUUCCUCCAGCUCUCACUGAAGACCCUGCUCCUAACAUGGCAGCACCUGCUUUCCGCUGCCAUGCAUGUAAGGGUAAGUUCCGCACAGCCUCUGAGCUAGCUCGUCAUGUGCGGAUCCUCCACAACCCAUACAAGUGCACACUGUGCCCCUUCUCAGCCAAUCAGGAGGAGCGUCUGGCUGCUCAUCUGCAGGAGAGUCACCCACCUGAAGAGCCCACACCUCUUCCGGUCUUCCCGUGUCGCCCCGUGACAGCAGCACCGCAAGCGCCUUUGCCGCAAGCACCCACUCCCCCAGCCUUCCGCUGCGAUACAUGUGGCCAGCGCUUUACCCAGUCCUGGUUCCUGAAGGGACAUAUGCGCAAGCACAAGGACUCUCUCGAUCAUAAGUGCCAGGUGUGCGGUCGUGGAUUCAAGGAGCCCUGGUUCCUCAAGAACCACAUGAAAGUGCACCUCAACAAGCUCGGCCUAAAGGCUGGCUUGGGAAAUCUGGGACCCUCAGGGCCUGAGCAGUCCAAAGGCCCUGCAGGAAGCCAGGCCUUAGGGGCUCUAUACUCCAACCUGCUCCUGGCACAAAGCAUAGCAACCAGAGGAGGAGCAGGAAGUAGAAUGGGGAAUCGGGGGGACAGGUCUGAAGUCGGCAUGAGCUCAAACAAGUCCUCGGUUUGGGGCUACCUGGGAUUGCCGAAUGAGAGUGGUGGAGCCAGCUGUGUGGAACGCCUCCAAGCCGUGGCUCAGGUGGCUGAAAUGGGUAACGGAGGAGAGAGGGGAGGAGAAGCGCUGGAUGGUGGCGAGCAAGCAGCCGUGUGGCAGCUGGUUGCUCGCAGCCUGGUGGCAGAUCAGCCCAGCCAGCAGAAGCAGCAGCAGCAGAGAUCCCUGGUGCAGCAACGGCGACCUGCCUUGCGUGGUACCGUCGCCGGGGAGGCCGAGCAGGUUCGCGCCUAUCUUGGUGGCCUCGGCCUCAAAGAGGACCCAGAGGCUUCCGGGGCACCCUGGGAAUGCCCUGACUGCGGAAAGCUUUUCCAGAACCUGCAGCAGGCAGUGGCCCAUGCUCGUGUUCAUGCUCAGAGACCACAAAAGUAUGUUAGUGCACGAGGAAGUGCAGGGAAAGAAGAGGAAGGGGUACAGAAGGCUGCAGGAACACGAGGAGGAGAAGGAGGAGGAAGAGGAGGAGGAGGAAGAAAUGUAAAUGACUGCAGGCAAGAGGCCAAACAGCACCCAUCAGGAGGAGGGACAGCUGCAAAUUUGCAUUCUGUCAUAACACAUCUUUCUGGCCCAGGGGAAAAUGGUGUGAGGGGAACAUCAUCUGGUCCUUCCCCAGCUCCAAGGGAGCGUGUGCGGGGUACAGGAAUGAAGGACUGCCCUUAUUGCGGUAAAGCCUUCCGCUCCUCCCAUCACCUUAAAGUGCACCUGCGUGUUCACACAGGUGAGAGACCGUACAAAUGUCCCCAUUGUGACUAUGCUGGCACCCAGUCCGGUUCUCUUAAAUACCAUCUGCAACGUCAUCAUCGUGAGAGGAAUGCCAUGGCAACCACUCCUAGCUCCUCCUCUCCAAGCCUCACUACCUCACAUGCUGGCUCACCACGAGAGGGGACCCCAAAACAGCGUCGACUCCCAUCCACAAACCAGGGAUCAUUAGGGAGAGGUCCAGUGGAAGCCCCCACAUCCAGACAUGUCCGGACUUUGGUCCUUGGGCCCACAGAACAGAAGGAGAGUCCUCAGAAGCCCAGAGCAACUCAGAAAGAAAGGGAUUUGGAGAGUCAGUACCGAUUCCUGAGUGGAAUGAUGGGUGAGAUCUACCCAAGUGAUCUAGAUGGACGCUGGACAAGAGAGACACCGCCUCCAAAAAUACCCAAAUUAUCUAGACGGAAGCCCCUUGUUACCAGUCGCAUGGUGUCAGCUAAUGGAUAUCAGAGUGUCAUGACACCAAGUGCUUCCCAGCAAAGUGGAUUUGAACCUCUGGACCUCUCACGCCGUCCCAUGCCUGGCGUGGGUUCAACUGAGCAAGAAGGAGGAGCAGUAAGUGCUUUUGGUACUCCACCAUUAGGGAGAACAAAAGGAGGUGACAACAUUCUGAAUCAGUGUGUGUUCUGUCCCUUCCGAACCUCUUCUGUGGAACUGAUGGCCAUGCAUCUACAGGUCAACCACACCAGCAAAUCCCGCCGUAAAAGGGGAGCCACUGGGACCACUGACGACCACUCCUCCAGAGUGAUACUGCCUGGUUUGAGCCGUGAUCCCUUGGCACUUUGGAAGUUCUUCAGUGAAGGAGAUGGUGUCAUGGCUGUGGAGGACUGGAUCAGAUACAGAGCAAGGGCUGAAAAUGGGGUCACCAUGGAAGACGGAGAUCUGGAGAGGUCCUCCGUCAUUGGUGGGACACCACCACUUCUGGGACAUGUUCAUUCAUCAAAACAAGGGCUUAAACUGGGAGAUGGAGAACAGGGGAAUUUAGACAAGGAAGAUGCAGAAGAGGAGGAGGAUGACCUGGAAGCAGACAGCAGCCCUGGGAAUUACUCCCAUCAACAGGGCAUGAGAAAGAAUCUGUCUGUGUCUUCAGAAGGGAUGUAGGAUGAUUUGGCCCAAGGGGAAAAGCGGCUGGUGGGGAACUAAGAGAUUUUGAGUACCCCAGAGGAAUGCAGAGCUCAAGGGAAGGAUAUAUAGGCAAAAUUAGAGAGAGAAUAUUAAAUUGAGGCCAAUUAGGUUCUCCAACACAAGGCUGUAAUGUCCUAGUUUCAACAUGAGCCACAAUCAAGUACAUAUGCUUUCAAAACCUUCCAUGCGCUUGAAAUUCCCCUUAUCAGUUGCCCGUCAGUGUAUGGACAUGUUUUUCCCACACAUGCAGAUGUGCACACAGACAUAUAUCCAGUAUUGUAUGCUAGUCUUAGCCUGCUUGUCCAGGAGUUCUGAGGCCUUCUUGACUGCUGUCUGUUUUGUCAGUAAAGGUAAUUGCCAAGUUGUAUUUCUACUCAAGUUCUGCGCUAUUCUGGGUCUUGCCCUUGUCAUAAAAUACCCGAAAAUGUCAAUCUAUAAAGCAAGAAAAGCAAAAACACACUAAACUGUACAACACAGAUUUUUAGGUAUUAAUACAAAUCUUUUUUUUUUUAAUGGAAAAAUAGCUGGUUUACCAUGAAGGCCAAAAAUAUUGCGCUCCUUCUGUUUGACUGAAUUCAGCAUUUUGACUAUACUUUAACCAUUAACCAAAAGGGUGGCAACAUUUCUUACCACACAUUUACUAGACUGUGAGACAGAUGCUGUGAUGACUGAAUGGUACUGAUGCUGACCACUUUAAACAAUACAUGACAGAGCAAUGCUUAUUUUCCCCACAUAUUCACAGUGUCAGCUAGGUCUGACAAGUCCUCUACAGAUAUUAUAUGAAACAAAAAUUCUUCUACUUCUAUACUCUUUGUCUCAGUGCCUAGUGCUGUAUAUGGAUUUUAGAGGCGUCAUACAUCACAGGAAAAUAUUUACACAAAGAAAUGACAAUAUAUGUUUAAUAGCUCUAGGCGGUAAAGAGUUCUGGAAGAGUUGUGUGUCUGUGGAUGGAAGAAUAGAGCAUUCUAGAGCAACCUGAAAUUGACACAUGAGAACAGCUGGCCAGCUGACAAAGGCAACAUGGCAGUGUUUACAUCAGAAAUACCACUAUGAUUUUCUGUUCGUUUAUUUUAUUUCUUUCCUUGAAACUGGAUCGCCAUCACAAUUAGAGGCUCCGAAGAAAUAUAAAGAAGGACUGAGGUCUAGUUUCCGAGUCCCAGAGUGAAACAUCAACAUCACUGAGUUCAACUCUAGAGACUGAGGCUUGGUGAAUAAUUUGGUCCUAUUUUUUCUCCUCUCUCAACUGCAAAUUGCCUGAGAGAGAGGAGAAAUGAGUCCCAAAAGCUGUGGUUGAAUCUUAGAAGGAAAAGCUGAGUAUGUCGCCUUUUAGAUCAGUAGUUUUUUUCUUAGCAACAGCAAAAAUACUAUUAAUAAAAAAAAACACUAACAACUUAGAUAUCCCAGUAGAACAUGUGUAGCUUUUAUAGAGAGGAAAAAGAAGAAAAAAUGUUGUUUUUUUAUUUCAAGAAGUGUCUUAAAGGGUAAAAUGUGAUAUGAUUAUCAGUAAUAAUAAUUAUUAUAAUGGUAGUGAUAGAAGACUGGUUUGGAAUGUCUUAAAAACACUGUGCCCAGUUUGUUGUUUUCCCAAAGUAGUUUUUUGUUCGCCUUUAAAUAUAGACCAAACAUUUUCUUUAAAAAUUAUUGUUAAUAUUGUCAUUUUUAUUUGAAGUAAUGCGACAGAUGCAAAUCUGCUAUCUGCUCAUAAUCAUACUGAUCAAUCAGUAAUUUGUUGAUGAAAUCAACUAAUCAAUCAAUGACCCAAUCAGACACAAUCAAAAUGACAUUUAUAUUGCAGCACUCAAGUGCUGGAAACAUAAUGUAUUUGAUGACUUAUUUAUUAAUAAUUGAUGAAACCAUGUCAAAGACAUAGCCCUUCAUCACUGUCAGUUUGACUGACCUGCAUUGUAAAGAUUUGAUUAUCUGUCAUUUUCUUGAGUCACAUUUUUAUUUCUGCUUUACCCAGCAUGUGUCACAAACCAUUGAGACCUUGAUUCCUAUGUGCCACUCAUUUUACCCAUCCAAACACUGAAAUAUUUUUAUUUACAAUCUGGUCAUUACCAGCUCAAAAUCAGAUCAUGUGAUGAGACGAGCUGUACCUUAGCCCCACCUCUCGUGCCCCUGAUUGAUGGAAAUAGGUACCAGUGAUUGUGACUGCUGGUCUUACUUUAUAAAUGUGCAUUUGUGUUGUUUUGUGUGUAGAGCACCUUAUAAGUUUGGUAGGUCCUGUUGUGGUGGUCCUUAACGAUUACACUCCAAGCCACUGUGCCUUCUGUCCUGCGCACUUCCUCAAGUAUUUUGUAAUCUCACCAAAAGCACCUACUGUCAUCCAUACUCUCCUUUUACCACCUAUUCUUGUUUUGGUUGAUUCUUGUUGCUCCUUGUUAUUUCUGAUAUCUGCAAGUCCAUCUCUCUGUCUCUCUCUCUCUCUCUCUCUCUCUUUCUCUGUCUCUCUCUUUGUCUCUCUCACCCUCUUCCUCUCGCUCCCUUUCUUUUACUCUCUCUCUCAAUUUCCUUCUAUUUAUCUCUCUCUCUCUCUCACACUAUACAUUCAGCAUUGUCAGACAUCAAGUUUAGAUUCAUUUUAACAGUUUUACUUCAUUAUUUAUUCUUUGCAUUAACUUAAAUUAGACUCCUGUUAUAUCUGACUUUCUCUCUUCCACAAAAUACCACUGGAAGGUGAUGUAUUAUCUAGCAUUGAUGCCUUUUUUAGAUGGUAUUUUAAUUUCUGCCAUGUUCAUUUGCCAAUGAGAUGGGAUCAAGCUCUUAUUAUUGUUUUUGGUUUGUUUAUUUGUUUGUUUUUGGUAUUACAAAAAAAAAAAAAAAAGAUAAUGAGAAAAUGUCUGUUUGCUGUACAGAGCUAGAAAUGUGUUUCUAAUGAGAAUUCCAACCACAAUACCAACUCUCCAUCUCUCCUAACAAGGAGCAUAUCCAUAUAGAUUACAGGGAUGUUUAUUCAUAAGAAUCAGGACAUGUGACACAUGUGACAUCUUGACACUAAUAAAGUAUAAAAAGGAAACUGAACACUGGAUAAUUCAGUCGUUAAAUAUACAGAUGUUAAAAUGGAACCAGACAAAUAAGCUCGCGUGUAACACUGUAGCAGCCAGCACUAACUCAAGAUAUGCAUACUAACUCAAGAUAUGUCUUAUUUUUAAAAGUGCAGUGGUGUGUCACCAACAUAAAGAAACAUCUAAAUACAUGACAGUAGUUUAAAUAGGUUAUAGUGCAGUAAAUACAUGGGCUGGAUAGUAUCUAAGAAAAUGACCUACAAGACAUUUUCUAAACAGACUUGUGCCAUUAAUUUAAAAUUAUUUAAAGACAGAAAUGUAAUUUUCUGCAGAAUAUCCAGUAAAGGAGAGUUGGAGAGUGAGUGUGGGUUUGAACUCUCAAGUAGUUGACUGCUAUUGCAGUGAAGGGGAAAGUAAUCUAACAUAGUAGUGACUAAUAUGAAAAUGUUGACUCAAAAAUAGUAGAAAAGAUUCAAUAAAAUA